AUGGCGGCGUUAUUGGCUGCUGAGCCCGUCUGCCCCCAGCGCCUGCCUGCUGAUGACAUGCUCGCCGCGAAGGAGGACAGUGAUGUCGAGGAUGAUGUGGAGGGCCGGCAUCAAUUCUCCGCCGAGGAGACCUUGAUCAUCUUCGACUGGGAUGACACGGUGAUGCCUUCCUCGUGGGUUAUGGAGGAGGGGCUCAGCCUUGAGGGCGAGGAUUUCACGCCAGAGCAACAGGCGAAGCUCUCCGAGCUGGCGAGGCUCGCGACACAGACGCUGACUCUGGCCAUGCGCCUGGGCACCGUGUUACUCGUCACCAAUGCGGAGCAUGGGUGG